AUGGCACCCUCAGUAUUGUCUGCGCGCGAAAACCAGCCUCUGGCCCGGACACGGACCAAGCCCGAUGGCGAGUCCGAACCGACAUCCAAACGACGCAAGGUUGAGCCUAUUCCGACGACCACGCCUUCUCAGUCGCAGCCGCAUACUCAGAGCAAGGUCCCAGCACAGUCGUCAUUCGCUGAUGUGCUACAGCGCCUUCAGGAGACGAAGAAGGGCUCAGCCGCUGCUGAAGGUGGGGCUGAUUGCUGGGCACGCCCACAGCUCCCGCCUAUCAACGAAAGCAAAGACACUAUUGUUUUCCAGCAGUUAGACGUUGAGGAGGGCUUCCACGACCGUUCAAAUGGCACCGUUGGACUGAGGAUGUAUGGUGUCACUGAGGGCGGCCAUAGUGUCUGUGCGACCAUUACCCAUUUUGCGCCUUACUUCUACAUCCCUGCUCCGCGAGGCUUCACAAAUGAUGACAUCGACGCCUUUAAGGAUGAGCUGAAUCGUCUAGUUGGCCAGGAACCUGAUGCAGUAAUGCGAAUUGAACCCGUACAACGGCGAAGUCUCUGGGGCUUCAGAGGAGACGACUGGGUAUCCUUCCUCAAGAUUUUCACGUUAGAGCCCAAGGCAGUUCCUAAAGUCCGAGGCUUGUUCGAAAGGGGCGAAUGUCAGUUUCGAGACCUGUUCGCGGCUGGGGAGGUUUAUCCGACGUUCGAGAGUAAUGUUGCUUAUGUGCUCCGGUUUAUGAUCGAUACCAAAGUUGUGGGCAUGAACUGGAUUGAAAUACCAGCAGGGAAAUACAAGCUUGUGCCACAAAAGGACAAGAAAUCGACUUGCCAACUGGAACUGACCACGCGACACGAUUCUUUCAUAUCUCAUCCUCCUGACGGGAAAUGGCAGACCAUUGCUCCCCUGCGUGUCCUCAGUUUCGAUAUCGAGUGCGCAGGUCGAAAGGGUAUCUUUCCUGAAGCGCAGGUAGACCCAGUCAUCCAGAUCGCGAACAUGGUAACGAUCCAAGGCGAAAGCCAGCCAUUCAUCCGCAACAUCUUCACCCUCAACACAUGUUCCCAUAUCGUUGGCUCUCAAGUGAUGUCCUUCAACGAUGAAGCGGAGAUGCUCAACGCCUGGUCACAGUUUAUUGCUGAGGUCGACCCCGAUGUCAUCAUUGGGUAUAACAUUUCAAAUUUCGAUUUUCCUUACUUGUUCGACCGGGCGAAGCAUUUGGGAGCCAAGCAAUUCCCCCAAUUUGGACGCAUGAAAGGUUGGGCGGCCGCGAUCAAGGACACGCAUUUCUCUUCAAAAGCAUUCGGGCAGCGGGAUUCGAAGGAGGCGUUGAUUCACGGUCGUCUGCAACUCGAUGUGCUGCAAUUCAUGCAGCGGGAGCACAAACUACGAAGUUACACCCUCAACUCUGUCUGUGCCCAGUUCCUAGGUGAACAGAAGGAAGACGUGCAUCAUUCCGUCAUCACCGAACUGCAGAACGGUGGUCCGGAAUCUCGUCGCCGUCUCGCCGUCUAUUGUUUGAAGGAUGCUUAUCUUCCACAACGUCUCAUGGAUAAGCUCAUGUGCUUCGUCAACUACAUCGAGAUGGCUCGUGUCACUGGAGUACCUUUCAAUUAUCUUCUAAGCCGUGGUCAAUCCAUCAAGGUGUUGUCUCAGUUGUACCGCCGAGCCAAUGAAGAGGGGUAUGCGAUUCCGGCCUUCAAGGGUGAAGGCAGCGACGAACAGUACGAAGGUGCCACCGUCAUUGAACCCAAAAAGGGCUACUACGAUGCACCCAUUGCGACGCUGGAUUUCAGCUCCUUGUAUCCCUCUAUCAUGAUGGCUCACAACUUAUGCUAUACGACCCUCCUGGAUAAAAAGACCAUUGACCGACUAGAGCUCGUCAAAGACGUUGACUACAUUCAGACACCAAACAACGACUUCUUCGCGACCGCAAAGAUGCGCAAAGGUCUACUUCCCAGUAUUCUGGAAGACCUGAUCGGUGCCCGAAAGCGAGCUAAGGCUGAUCUGAAGAAAGAAACAGAUACUUUCAAGCGCGCCGUGUUGGAUGGCAGGCAGCUUGCCUUGAAGAUCAGCGCCAACUCUGUGUACGGGUUUACGGGAGCGACCAUCGGAAAACUUCCUUGUUUGCCAAUCUCAUCCAGUACGACUUCGUAUGGUCGACAAAUGAUUGAGAAGACGAAACAGGAAGUCGAAGCCGAGUUCUGCAUCGCAAACGGCCACGCACACAAUGCAGAAGUCAUCUACGGUGAUACUGAUUCUGUCAUGGUAAAAUUUGGCCCCUCCGACCUCAGAGAAGUUAUGGCCAUGGGAGCCCAAGCUGCCGACUUCGUGACAGCUAAGUUUAUAAAGCCCAUUAAACUGGAAUUCGAGAAGGUCUACUUUCCCUAUUUGCUGAUCAGCAAGAAACGAUAUGCUGGACUCUAUUGGACGAAACCCGAGAAAUAUGAUAAGAUGGACUCUAAAGGUAUCGAGACUGUUCGACGUGAUAAUUGUCGACUGGUCUCUACGGUUAUCGAGACUUGUCUCCACAAGAUGCUUAUUGACCGAGAUGUCAAAGGAGCAGAAGACUAUACCAAGAAGAUGAUAUCAGACCUUCUGCUGAACAAGGUCGACAUGUCUCAGCUUGUCAUCACAAAAGCGUUGGCUAAGGCUGAUUAUGCCGCAAAGCAAGCUCAUGUUGAGCUAGCGGAGCGUAUGAGACAACGAGACGCGGGUUCCGCACCUGCUCUCGGAGAUCGUGUCGCCUAUGUCAUCAUUAAGGGAAUGAAAGGUGCUGCUGCAUAUGAGAAGUCUGAAGAUCCCUUGUUCGUUUUGGAGAACAACAUUCCCAUUGAUACCAAGUACUACCUGGAAAAUCAGCUUUCGAAGCCUCUUAUGAGAAUUUUCGAGCCCAUUCUUGGGGAGAAAGCAAACUCACUUUUGGCUGGUGAACAUACAAGAACUAUUCAGAUAGCCACGCCAAGCGUUGGCGGCCUCAUGAAAUUCGCUGUCAAAACUGUGACAUGUCUAGGAUGUAAAACACAGCUGAGACCCAACAACAGUGUGAAGAACGGUGCUGUCUGCAACAACUGCCGACCCCGCAUCGGCGAAUUGUACCAGAAGCAAAUCAUGCAAGCAUCACAAUCACAAGUACGGUUUUCUCGUUUGUGGACUCAGUGUCAGCGGUGUCAAGGAUCCCUGCAUCAAGACGUGCUCUGCUCGAGCAAGGAUUGUCCAAUCUUCUACAUGAGGAAAAAGGCUCAGAAAGACGUCGAGGACGCAAACGCUGUCCUAGAGCGAUUUGACGAAGACCUGUGGUAAUCGAGUGGUAACUUACGGGAGUUACAGGAGUUCCAUGCGCUUUUGUUUAUUUCAUUGGUUUGGACUUUGUACUUUUACGGAUUCAGAUGUAUUCUACUACAACAUUAAUAACGAGGUGCUCCUUCAGUUUCAC